AUGGUUCGCUGUUUCGGCACCGAAAUCAGUGGUAAUCGCAGACUAAAGGCUGAACUAUCCACUGAGCAGCGAUCGGCUAUAAUUAUAGCUCUAGAGGGUGGAGGAUCGCCUACCGUGCUCGCUACCCAAUUCGGCUGCGCACGCAGUACAAUCUACGAUACUUUGAAGCGCUUUCAGCAACACUAA